AUGUUGGUUGCGCUUGCGUUUGCUUUUCUGGGUGUUGUUACCGCAUUCGACUCAUCGUUGACGUUUCACUACGUGAAGUACCCUCGAGUAUUUCGACGCAAUGAAGUGGCUUGCCAAGUCUGCUACGGAGAAUUCGACUGUCUUAGCAUGGAUAGUUGCAGUUAUAAUUCAGCUGUUACUGAUGUCUUGAAAGAAAAAGAUGGAAUGAAAAUUGUCAACGAUGGCUUAAAGUCUAAAGUGGAUUCAAUGAUGUAUGAUUUAGUUUUAGAAGAGUCAUUAAGAGAAUACAAUGAAUGUAUUCCACUCAUAUCAUCGUACACAAAUUGCAAUAAAGAAAAUUUAUGCCUUGGAUGCACAACUUGUGACUGUGACGAAACAGGACACUGGAGCUGUAGGGAAAACUCGAAAUGUAGCAAUGCACAUUUGGAUAUCGACCAUCGAAUAAUUACAACAGUGGUUGAAAGUUUAAAAGACGUCAAACCAUCAAGAUACAAGAGAUCUUAUGAGUCUGAAUCAUCUACACACAUCCUGUUUGAUGACAUCAUAGGUUGGAUAGAUACGGCAAAUCCAUAUGACAGUAAUGUCAUCAAUAAUCAUAGAGUCAUCAAUGAUAUAACAGCUAAGCCUACAGUCAUAGUCAACACUACAGUUCCCUACAAAAUUCAUUCAAAUGAUGACAAUAAUAUUUUGCUCUUUGAUGAUAUACUAACUAACGAUAAUCUCAAUGAUUUUAUCCAGUAUUCGAGCAGUGAUAUGACUUAUAACAAAAAUCAUGAAGACUCGCAUCAAUUUUUAAAAGUGCUAAAGAAUAUUGAAGAAGGUAAAGAUGAUAAAUCACCAGUGGAUAACCCUCAUCUAAAUCUAGAAUUACUUAAAGAUCUAAAACAAUAUAUAGCCAGUUCUUACGUUAAUGAACCUUCAAAUGAGCAAACUAAUAGUAUUAAUGGUGUUUUAACCGAAAUUGAUGAUAUUAAUCCUGAUAAACAGACAUCUGAUAUUAACUCCGUCGGCUCCGUAUUAAAAAGAUACGCAAGAAAUGUAAAUGUUACUUCAAAAGGAAAUCAAACAAAAACAUCAGUAAAUCAAACAAAAACAUUGGUAAAUCAAACCAAAACAUUGGCAAAUCAAAAAACAAAAGCAAGUACCAUGACACCAAGUGUUGACAAAAAUAAAAAAGACAAAACACAUUCCGAAAAGGAAAUACAACACAUUAUAGAUGUUGUAACCGUAUUAAUUGGUAAUGAACGAAAAGAGAUAAAUCAUUUGAAUUACGUAAAAGAGAGUCUCCUAAAAUUACUCGAGAAAUAUCAAAGUAAUUCAAAUGUAUCUGAUAUCGUACACACGCAAAAUCCUGACGACAAUUCUAGAAAAUCUGGAAACUGGAGAGUUAAUAUGCUAAAUUUCUAUAUGAGUAAUUUGAAAAGAGAUGUAAAAGAUACAUUAAGAGACAUUUACGCAAUAACAAAACUUAAAAAGCUAGGAGUGAAUUCAGUUGCAGAAAAUGUCUCAAAUCUUAAACCUUUAUUAUAUGCGUUAACAUCGUAUUACAUGAGAACGUUCAGAGAUCAUCGACAAAAUGGCCGUGCAGAAAACGUUAGUAAUAUAGACAAUAGAUUUUUAACAAAUACUACAACACCGAUGAGUAUUUCUUCAUCGCAAGAUAAAUAUGAUUCGGUACCAAAACUUCAGCGAAGGGUAUUCCAGCCAAGUGGCAAUGACAUUUACCAAAUAAAGCUCAUAAAGCGAGCGCUCACAAGAAUACUAGUGAUAAUUGAUAACGACAGACUAUCCACAAAUGCUUUAAGUCCUCUCUCGUCUAAAAUCAAGGAUAUUUUGAAGAGAAUUGUCGAUAAACAAUACGUGAAAAGUUUUGACGAUACCCAUCCAUCAAGUAAAGAUCCAAAUUUUAAUCUAACAAAAUUAUUAACAACCCUAGCAGAAGACUGGCAAAAGAUGUCAGCUGAAUUGCUAACACUCAAUCCAGCGGAUCGCUUAUAUCACAUGAAAAUAUUACAUUUAUCUCUUUCGCAAGGAAUCGAAAAAGUAAAAGAUGCUUUAGCAACGAUCCAAAUUGGGUCUAGUCGACGAAUGAACUUCAUUGAGGAGUAUGUUGGUAAGAGUUUAAUAUCAGACAUUUCGAAUUAUUUAGCUAGUAUUGAUAAACGCAUAUUAAAUUUCGCUGUCCGAUCAAUGGCAUCAGAGAGACUCACCCCUAAGAGGAGAGAUGAACAAACAGGAUCCAUAUGGAAUCACAUCAAAAAUGCAUUAUCGAAUUCGACAAAUACAUUUGUAAAAUAUGUCAGAGGUAAAUUAAAACCGAAAUCGUACAUAGUAAAUGAAAAAGUGAGAAAAAGAGCGGAAGAAGUGAAUAAGCAAAAAUUCUUAGAUGUCAUGAAAAAAUGGCAACACAACUUUGACGCUUAUCGUGCCAGAAAUAAGAGAUCAAUAAGACAGUACCCAAAACGAUUGAAUCACAUCAUACCGAAAUAUUUAAGAGGUAUUAAAUCUAAGAAAGCUAAUGCUAUAUUGAAUAAACUGACAAAGGUUGAAAAUAGAGGUCCGGCCACCCAUCAUGCAGCGAAAACACAAACUCGUAAAAUUUACACGCUGCCCCCUGCGCACCGUAGCGUUGGUGUUCGUACACCUGCGCCUAAACGAAAGCAUUCUACGGUCCCUACCACGACCCACUAUCUAAAAGUAACCCCAAAAAAGGCGUUAGAACUCAACACAUCAGUCACUAAGGCUUGAUUUAGACGGUACGAGAGCUGUCAUGCGAUUUUCUUAACAAUGCGACAUUUUAUCGGCCUGCUGAAUUGGAUGCAAUCUAAAUAAAAAAAUCGCAUGCGAUUUCGCGCGCCGUGUGAAUGAAACAUAAGUUAGUCAAAUAAUUAAAUAUCUGAGGCCUAUUCCCUACCGCGGCUGAAUUAAUAUGGCCAAUUGAGAAGAUAAAUCUUAAUACAAAGUAGUAAUAAGAAAAAUAAAGUAAACCAUUA